UUGCAGAUAGACCUGAAUGGCGACGGACUGAUUCAGACUUCGGAGCUUCAGAAGGCGUUCGAGGUGUUGGGCAUAAAGCUUCCAUCGUACCAGGUGCGGGACCUGAUUUCGGAGCAUUUCAGAGGUCGCGACUCGCAUGCUGAUCUGUCAGUGUCUGAAUUCGCUGAGGUGCUCAGCGGCUUGUCGGAGGCCUCACAAGAGCAAGGCAUCUACCACACUGUUAGGGUCGAAGAGCAGAAGGCCUUCUCUGACUGGAUUAACUCGAACCUUGGUGCCGACAGUGACCUUGCGUACUUGUUGCCCCUUAGCGAAUCAGGCGAGGACCUUUACGAGAAGUUAGUCGACGGUCUAAUUUUGUGCAAACUGAUUAACGUCGCCGUACCGGACACCAUCGACGAGCGCGCGAUUAACCGCAAGCAGCUAAACGCGUACACUCGGCGCGAGAACCUGACGUUGGCCGUGAACUCGGCCCGGGCUAUCGGUUGCUGCAUCGUGAACAUUGACGCAGAUGACUUGGCCAAAGGAAAGCCACACUUGGUUCUCGGUCUUUUGUGGCAGAUUAUACGCAUUGGCCUGUUUAGUACGAUUAAUUUGGUUCAUGUUCCUGGAUUGUUCAGACUGCUGGGCAAAGAUGAAAGUUUGGCGGAUCUGCAGAAGUUGGGACCGGAACAGAUUCUUAUCCGUUGGGUGAACUACCACCUUGAAAAUUCUGGAGUCGACCGUCGGCUGACGAAUUUCACUGGGGAUGUACAAGACUCGGUUAUCUACACUCAUCUUUUGAAGCAGAUCGCUCCCCCGGAACGCCGCGUCAGCCUGGAGCCGUUGGGUGUCUAUGAUAGCCUGUUGAGGGCAGAGGCAAUGCUGAAGGAAGCAGAAAAGCUUGAUUGUCGGUCGUUCGUGACUCCCCAGGACGUGGUGAACGGCGUAUAUAAACUGAACCUGGCAUUCGUCGCCAACCUAUUUAACUCGUGGCCAGGCCUCGAGCCGCCCGGAGAGGAGGAAAUGACCGACAUGGAAGAGGCGCUUGAAGAGACUCGUGAGGAGAUGACGUACCGCAAUUGGAUGAAUUCGAUGGGAGUACAGCCAACCGUUAACUGGCUUUAUUCAGACUUGAGCAAUGGCAUUGUCAUUUUCCAGCUGUACGACAUAAUCAAGCAAGGACUGGUCGACUGGAAGAAGGUUGUGGUGAAGUUUCAUAAAAUGCGUUGCAUGAUGGACCAAAUCCAAAAUUGCAAUUACGCAGUCGAUCUGGGCAAGCAGAUCAGGUUUUCGCUGGUCGGCAUCCAAGGAAAGGACAUUUACGAUGGCAACCGUACGCUCACUUUAGCACUUGUCUGGCAGUUGAUGCGAGCAUACACACUUACAGUCCUGGCGAACUGUACACAGUCAGGUACUUUGGCAACCGAUCGUGAAAUAAUCGACUGGGCGAACAAGAAACUAGCAUCACAAGGCAAAGCGUCGUCUUUGCACAGCUUCCAGGACCCGGUGAUCAGCGACGCGAAGAUCGUCGUCGACCUAAUCGACUCGAUUCAGCCCGGUGCGAUCGACUAUCGAAUGGUGAAGGACGCCACUACCUACCAGGAAAAACUGAAGAAUGCGAUGUACGCGAUCACCAUGGCCAGGAAAAUCGGCGCGAAGGUGUAUGCUCUGCCCGAGGACAUCGUUGAGUGCAAGCAAAAAAUGGUGAUGACGGUUUUUGCGUGCCUCAUGGCCAGGGACUACUUGCCGAACAUGCACGAACAGCCGGCUCCUCAGCCGAUCGCCCCCACGUCCAGCGACAACAGUCCAAUGAGUGGCCGCCGCAGUCAUCACUCUUCACCGUUCAUCAACGGUUCUAACACCCCUUCCACCCCUACUCCCGAAUCGUGA